UCACGAUGAUGUAGCGAUUCUUCAAUAUCCUCUUCCAGGUAAUAUCAUUUCAUACCCAUCAUUGCCUUCUCGUGGAUAUCAUGAUGCUGGCAGAGGGUUGGUUUAUUAAAAAAGGAGAAGAGCUAUUAUCUACUUUAAAAUCUGCGGCCUCACAGGAAGAGAGAGACGAAGCAAUUUAUACAUUUAUCGAAUGGAUGGAAUCCAGAGAUUCCUUAAGUAUUCCAGAAUUUGAUUCGAAUCUGGAGUGGCUGAACUGCAAAAAUUCAUUGUUCUUCAAAGACCAGCUUCACGGAAAGUUAUGUGUCUUGGAUUUCUUUACCUAUUGUUGCAUAAACUGUAUGCAUAUCCUACCAGAUCUGGAGGCACUGGAACACCUUCAUUCCGAGAAAGAUGGCCUUGUCAUACUCGGUGUUCAUUCGGCGAAAUUUGAGAACGAAAAAUCGUCCACAAACGUAUUAAGUGCAGUGUUACGGUACGAUAUCAGACAUCCCGUGGUAAAUGAUUCCGAGGCAAAGCUGUGGCACUCUUUGUCUGUCCAGUGUUGGCCAACUCUAGUCGUUGUUAGUCCAGAAGGAAAAAUUCUUCUUAGUUUGGUGGGGGAGGGGCACCGAGAUCCGCUCUUACAAUUUGUGGGAACAGCUCUUAAAUACUACAAACAGAGAGGAAAAGUAAAAGACCAUUCCAUUGGCAUGUCUCUGGUCAAAGACACUCUUCCACAGACAAGACUCUCAUUUCCUGGAAAGGUAUCCAUGGACAAAAGUGGAGAAAGAUUGUUUGUGGCUGACACAGGACACCAUAGAAUCCUUGUAAUUAGCAAAGAAGGAAUUAUUUUAAAUGCAAUUGGAGGCGGAGAAAAUUUUGAAGCUGGAUUUGUUGAUGGAUCAUUUCAAGAAGCUAGAUUUCAUUCACCACAGGGAAUAGCCAUUGAACAGGAAAUAAUUUAUAUUGCUGAUACAGAGAAUCAUUCCAUACGACAGAUUGAUCUUGAGAAAGGAAUGGUCACCACUGUCGCUGGCGAUGGAAAGCAAGGAAGUGACAAGGAAGGUGGAAACACUGGAACAUCACAAAGCAUCAGUUCACCAUGGGAUGUCCUUAUUGGCCCACCACCUGGUCCUACCAAUGCAGAGGAUGGAGAUGUUAGAGAUGUUUUGUACAUUGCUAUGGCAGGCACACAUCAAAUAUGGGCGCUUUACAUUAAGGACAGCACAUGGUUAAAAGGGAGUUCUCAAGUAAAAGGAACAUGUCUUCGAUUUGCUGGAAGUGGUGCAGAAGAGAAUCGUAAUAACAGUUAUCCCCACAAAGCAGCCUUUGCACAGCCUUCUGGCAUCAGUCUUGCAAAGGAAAAACCCUUCAGAUGCUUAUUUGUGGCAGAUAGUGAAAGCAGCAGUAUAAGGACAGUUGAUGUGGCCAGUGGUGCUACAAAGGCUCUUGUGGGAGCUGACAGGGAUCCAACAAAUCUUUUUGCAUUUGGUGAUCAGGAUGGUAAAGGUGUUGAUGUCAAGCUGCAGCAUCCCUUAGGAGUAGCUUGGAAUCCGCUGACACAGAGGCUGUAUGUAGCAGACUCGUACAACCAUAAGAUUAAAGUUAUUGACCCAGCAAAGAAGACUUGUGAAACACUUCUGGGCUCUGGUAAACCAGGUCUGUCUUCUGAGCAGGGUGGGGUACAGUUUGACGAACCAGGUGGUUUGUGCGUCAGCCCGGAUGGACAAACGUUGUAUGUAGCAGACACUAACAACCACGCCGUCCGAGUUAUUGACUUGAAAACACUCUUAGUGUCGCAGUUAAAUAUUGUUGAACAUUCUAAACUUUCGAAAGACCGUGCGGUCGCCGGCGAGUCAAAUAAAGUGAGUGCGGUGGCGAAACGAUUAACGUCAAAAAGAACGCCAAUCACACGCAAAGAACCCAUUCACGUGACCGGUGGAUCGUGCCUGGAGAUGAAACUGGGAAUAAGUCUUCCUGAAGGAUGUUACCUUACUAAGGGUGUGACAAGUCCUUGGCAAGUUAUGACCUUUAAGCUUCAGGAAGAUGAAGAAGUUAUCCAAGAGGUAUUCAAGUUAGAACCUUCAUCUGGCUCUAUAGGUGAAGGUUCUUUUCAAGCUCUGUGCAAAGUCCAGGUGCCAGAGGUAGACUGGGAACCAAAGACUAUUAUGAGGAUCGAAGCGGUGAUUUAUUUCUGUGAACCAAGCGGGACAUGUAGAAUGGAGGGCUUGGUCUAUGAAGUACCACUACGCCAAACAAGUGGAGAUGGCGAGAAGCAACUCCAGAUAAGCCAUGUUUGCAAGCUUUAAGAAAUUAAAAAAAUUAAUAAAAACCACAUGCUUUCAAAGGAAGAAUGUAAUCGUUUGUCUCACGAUGUGGUCGCUUGGGACGUAGAUUGCGAGGUCGAUUGAGUGCGACUGAGUACGGUCAACCUGUAGGAGACCGGUACUAUGUAUUCGAAACUUUGCGAUCCGCAUCCAAAGUGAACUCAUCGUGAGAAAAACGAUUACAUUUCUCGUUUGGAAGUGUUAUUUACCACGAUGACAAACCAAAACCUAUUUUACAAUAUAUAAACCACAUGGUUGUCAUCUGGCAAUAGAGUAAUGGGUUAUCUAAAGGUCUAUUAUCAGACUUUUGGAAAUUACAGGAGGCUCUUCAACCUUAGGGAGCAAUCGGGUGUUCAUAUAGAGAUUUAUGUUUUUGUCUCUGUUCGUCCAUGACGAGAUGACCAUUACAGACACUGCUACUUUACUGGGGCAAGAUAAUGAAAACUUCUUCGACAGAUAACUGAAUGUUGCUUCGUUUAUUACACUCAUGAUGAUUAAGAUCAAUUUGGUACAAAGGUGAUCUUGCCAAGAUAAAAUGUCUGAUGAAGAAGUACUCUUGUUACUUCUGGCUACGUGAAGCAUAUUUUGGCAUCGAUAGGAAUUGUCUUUUGUGUGAAAUUAAAAAACAAUUAGAAAAUAUUUUUUUGUGGGCAAGUCAAUCCCACGAGUAACUGCGUCAGUUACUACUAAUGUUUUCACAUGAGAAAUGCAGGUAGAUUUUUGAUAAAGAGGUAUUUUUGUUACUUAAGGUAUUAAAAAUAGUAUUUUGCGGCUGAUAGGCAAUAUGUUACAAAUUAAAUUGGAAAAAUUGGGAUAGGUAUUUUUUCGGGUAGGUCACUGCUGUGGUUAACUGGGUUAAUAGAUGUUUUGGGGUGCGUUUUAUUUUAAUUGAGAUAAAACAAAUGUAUAAACAAUAUUUUGGCGUUCAUGGGAACGGUCGUGCUUGAUAAAAUUAUGAAUAAGGAAAUAUUGACGGCAAUAUGUUUCCAUGUAAAUUAACCAGAGUAUUUGGUGUUUUAUCAAGCAAUUCUUUGGCUGACAAUUUUUCAUUUUUUUUCAUUUCCCGCGACAUGGAAACAAUUGGAAAACUUCUUAGGAACUAAAAAAGACUUGAGCUCUUUCGACCAUCGAUGGCUUCUUUUCCUUGAAGAGAAAAAUUUAGGUUAAAGUGAAUUCAAAUCGAUGCUGCAAUUCAUAAUUAUUUGUAUGUAGGAUAACACUUGUUGUAGACCGCAAAUAUAUAGCUAUCUUAAAAAUAGCUAGAAAGCAAAUAUUGAUGUCUUUUUUUUGAUAAAAUAA